AUGCGGAACACAUUCCACUUGCACAAAUGUUUAUUUGAAUGCUGCCCGUGGACUCUCAUUGUAUGGUCUGAGACAUGUUACUUCUUCUCAGCCUCUGCUCUUCCACCUGUAAAAUGGGAAUGUUGGGUACAUAUGUCACAAGGGCUUAAUUGCUUAAUUAAACAGAUUUCAAAUGUCAACUAAUUCUUCAGUUGACGGAAAAAUUAUUUCAGAUCAGUUUAGCCCAGGGUUGCUUCCAAUGUGAGUCCUACUCAGAGUAAACUCAUUGAAGAUAAUGGACAAGACUAAAUGGAUACAUCCGUGUGUGUGUGUGUGUGUGUGUGUGCCUGCUUUCUGCAUCCAAGUUAUGUGCUGUUCCACUGAGCUACAACCCCUUCCCAAAGCAUGAUGCAGCGAUAGUAUUAUGGGUUCUUAGGGGAUUAAGGAGAGUAUUCUCAUUAUUGUUUCCCCAGGUCUUUCCUGAAGACACUUCACUCAGAGGCUUUCUAAAAUGGAUGGGUGCUAACACUAGGAAGUUCCAGCUCUUCACGGCUGCUGAUAUGGCUGUAAAUGGUAUCUGAAUUGGGAUAGGACAGGGCUGGGGAGCCUUUUGCUCUCCAGAUGUUACUGAAUUGCAACGCCCAUCAAACCUGACCAUUGGCUGUGCUUUCUUAGGCUGAUGGGAGUUGUAGUUCAGCAACAUCUGGUAGGACUGUUAGAAUUCCUGAUCUAUGAUUGCAGUCAUGGGAUUUUUGUCUUUCACAUGACGGUGUAUGUUUUGACUCCACAGAGUGGGAAGUGACGGAGACAGGAUGUUACAAGUGUUAUUGUCCUUUGUUCUUUUUCUCUUUGCUGUCUGAUGCUAGAGAGAGAGGGAGCCAUGUUGCAGUGCUCCGUGUGUGUUUAUAUGUAAAUAAAGUAGAUUAGCUAAAAUGCUGAGUUGCUGAGGUCCGUCACGCAAGUUGUGCAAACUCUGUGGAUCCCUAAGUGUGCCGGUGUCGGUUGGCAUCAGUCGCUGUGAUGUUCGGGCUGAAGAAAACUUAUGAAGCUCCCGAAUGAUCGACCAGGAGGGAGGGAACAUGCCAGUUGGGCAUGUGUCUCUACCAGGGUCCUACUCGAGUGUAGGCUGAGCUCCUGACAAGGACAAGAGUUCCCCUUCUCUGGGAGAAAGCGUUCUAGCUUUUCUGUACCUUGUUGGAGUCAUCCCCAGCCAUUCUUCCCAUUCUAUAAUAUGGAGAGAAGAAGGGGGUUUCUUACCUGCAGUUCACUAUGAGUACCCAGGGCAGAUUACAACAGUUCUACAGCUCAGAAUAUGGACAUCUCCCAAUAGAUAUUUUAAUAUUUUCACAGUGCAUCUCAAUCCCCAAAUGUUAAACUAUUCAAAAUUCAGCACUCACACAGUAGCAAGGCUGUGAGAUCCAUUUCCUAAGUAACUGCAUGGCAGAUGGUAUUGUGCCAGUCAAAAUAGGUAAAAUUGGCAAGUAGAUUCAGUACAUACCAUUCGGCAGCCUGCUCACAGAACAGGAAAGUAAAUACUGUUAAAUAGGUGGAUUUGAACAGUAUGCAGAAGCAGAAGCUUAACAUUUAACUGCCAGGUCUGCAGAAAGAAGGGGAGGGUUCUUUUUUGUCCUUGAUUUUUGCUUCCAAAGUUUAAGUCAUACACAGAUAAAUGGGAGAGAUUCUCCUGAGAGUUACUGUGCUUACAAGAUUGCUUGUGUGCAAAUAGGGAAAAUCACCAUAAGCAAACAAUAGUCUUUUAUAACUUUGGCUCGGGGAGGGGAGCGAGAAUUGCCCUCAGAAGCAGAACAGUAUUAAAGCAAUGCUCUCAAGAAGGUGAGUGCAAAGGGCAGGAACUGGAACUAAUAAGGGGCAAUUUCGCUCCAUGUGAAUGACAGUAAAAUAGCAUAGAUUUCAUCAGAAUCACUCAUAGAAUCUUAGAGUUGUGGUCCAGAAUUCGCCUCCACAGUCACUUAGAGACUCACGGUUAAGACCGUGUUCAUGAAAGACCAUCUUACUCGGCUACGAGUGAUUGCCAAAGAAGAAGUAUGGAUGUACUGGGCUAGAGAAAUUUUCCAACUUCAGUUUCUAUCAAUUUCUUAUUUUUUCCCUUCUUAGGCUCAAUUCUCUAUUUUUCCACAUCAGUUUGAGAAUUUCAUUUUAAAAGCUAUGAAAAUUCAUGAGCAUCUUAGUGCAAGUUUAUUGCGCCAUACAAAUGUUUAUGCACUUUUCCUUAAACUACAGUUUUGCAAAGCACUUUCCCCUAAAACAACACAUUUCUGUAAUUGAUUUUCACCAUUAUUAUGCCUUUUUAUACACACUUACUCCAGCACAUGCAUUUUUGGACAAUGCUUUGCAAAGUUCAGAGAAGUUCAAAUGUCAAAGGAUGGCAGUGUUUUGAUUCUUUGCAUUGUUCUGAAAAGUGCAAAUUAGGUAGGUUCACUUUUAAAUGAAAACCGAACUGAAUUUUCCCCCCCAUCGCUAACUCUGAGCGGGAGAGGUAUUGUUUUUAAGUAGAACAAUUAUUUCUAAAGCCACAUAAAUACAUGGAAUCAUAGAAUUGUAGAGUUGGAAGGGACCACAAGGGUUAUCUUGUCCAACCCUCUCCAAUGAAGAAAUCUUUUGCCCAGAGAUUAACUGUCUCAUGCUCUUUUACACACACACACACACACACACACACACACACACACACACACACACAAAAAUAUAUAUAUGUUGUUUAGUCGUGUCCGACUCUUCAUGACUCCAUGGACCAGAGCACGCCAGGCACUUCUGUCUUCCACUGCCUCCCGCAGUUUGGUCAAACUCAUGCUGGUAGCUUCGAGAACGCUAUCCAACCAUCUCGUCCUCUGUCAUCCCCUUCUCCUUAUGCCCUCCAUCUUUCCCAGCAUCAGGGUCUUUUCCAGGGAGUCUUCUCUUCUAAUGAGGUGGCCAAAGUAUUGGAGCCUCAGUUUCAGGAUCUGUCCUUAUAGUGAGCACUCAGGGCUGAUUUCCUUCAGACUGGAUAGGUUUGAUCUUCUUGCAGUCCAUGGGACUCUCAAGAGUCUCCUCCGGCACCAUAAUUCAAAAGCAUCAAUUCUUCGGCGAUCAGACUUCUUUAUGGUCCAGCUUUCACUUCCAUACAUCACUACUGGGAAAACCAUAGCUUUUACUAUACGGACCUUUGUUGGCAAGGUGAUGUCUCUACAUUUUAAGAUGCUGUCUAGGUUUGUCAUUGCUUUUCUCCCAAGAAGCAGGCGUCUUUUAAUUUCGUGGCUGCUGUCACCAUCUGCAGUGAUCAGGGAAAUAAUAGUGCCACUCUAUUCUGCCUUGGCCAGACCACACCUGGAAUACUGUGUCCGAUUCUGGGCACCACAAUUUAAGAAGGAUGUUGACAAGCUGGUAUGUGUGCAGCCAUAAUUCAAAAGCAUCAAUUCUUUGGUGAUCAGCCUUCUUUAUGGUCCGGCUCUCACUUCUAUAUAUAUGGUGUCUUCAUAUUGAAAAUUGCCCUGUGAUCCUCGGAUGAAGGAAAAUAUAGAAAUGUUAUAAACAAACAAAUAAUAAUAAUAAUAAUAAUAAUAAUAAUAAUAAUGCAACUUCGUUGGAUACAACCCUGUAUUCCCCUCCCCUAUAAUCUGAAUUUAUGCUUUUCACAAAAAAUCUGGUUAGUUAAAAAAAAAAAACUUUCACCAAUGGCACAUUUGUGAUAUCUGAAUGACUUGUUUUGAAUAUUAAGCCCCUGUCAGGAAGCACCGGAAGCAUCAUAUUGGAACCAGGUGUGAAAGCUUGUCACACAACCAUUCCCAAUCCUCCAAUCCAUGGUUAUUUUUUAAAAAGAGAGAACCAAAGAGAAUAACAUUCCAAGCAGAUAAGAUAACAAUAAAGUAAGAAAUAGUAUUUUCGUAAUAAACCCUUUCCCUUUAGUUUAGUCAUUUGUGCUUUACUGUUGUUUUUAUGGCCGCAUUCACGUUUGUCAGCAACAUCGAGCAACUGCUUUGUGGCAACGAAAAGGGAGUAUGAAAUUUUAAUAAAUAAAUACAAUAAAUCUAAAUGGGGGGAAGGCGCAAAAGUCAGGCAAAUCAAAUGUUCACGGGGAUGAAAAAAAGGAAAUGUGAGGAUGGGGGGAAAGGAUAUUGGGAGAAGCUGAGAAGCUGAGUUUGGAGUGAAAAUCAUUGUUGCUGGGGGUGGGGGUUGCUAGGUGGCCAACAAGCAGCAGAUGGGAACAAUGUGCAUAUUUUUUGCUUGAGUAAGAAAACAGCCAGGUGCUGUGGUAUUUGGGAAGGAAGGCUUCAGACAGAGCUUCUGUAGCACACAUAGUUCCAGGAAGUGCUUAGAUCUUUUCAUUUCAAAAACAAUAUUCAUGGUUUUUUAAAAAUCAAACUGUAUGCAUUUUUUUAAAACAAUCCCACAAGCAUGCACAUGCAAACGAAAAUAGAUUAGCAGCCAUUAGGUAACAAUAUAAAUCACAAUAUGUAAGGACUGACCAGUGAUCAUAAUAAUAAUUUUAUUAUUUGUAUGCCGCCCAUCUGACAGGGUUGCCCCCAGUCACUCGGGGCGGCUUCCAACAAAAUGUAAAAACGCAGUAAGACAUACAUCAUCAUCAUAAUUAUCAAGAAGAUACACAUGAAGUCUAUGUACUUCGUCACCACAUGGGCGCAUUUUUUGCUGUUCUAUCCUGCAAAAUGUCAUUGAUAGUGCACUAUGGUGGAUUUAUAUUGGACUUUCUAGAUGUCUUUCCACUUUAUUAGUUGUUAGGUGGCGCUGUGGUCUAAACCACUGAGCUUCUUGGGUUUGAUGAUCAGAAGGUCAGCGGUUCGAAUCCUCGUGACGGAGUGAGCUCCCGCUGCUCUGUCCCAGCUCCUGCCAACCUAGCAGUUCAAAAGCACACCAGUGCAAGUAGAUAAAUAGGUACCACCGCAGUGCGAAUGUAAACAGCACUCUGGUUUAUAUCACGGUGUCCCAUUGCACCAGAAGUAGUUUAGUCCUGCUGGAUGUUAGAAUUCCUGCUCCAUGAUAGCAGUCAUGAGAUGGUUGUCUUUCACAUGACGGUAUAUGUUUUGCCUCCACAAAGUGGGAAGUGAUGGAGACAGGAUGUUUGUGUUACUGUGUUCUGUGAAGUGGGACUACUGUCCUUUGUUCUUUUUCUCUUUGCUGUCUGAUGCUAGAGAGAGGGAGCCAUGUUGCAGUGCUCCAUGUGUGUUUAUAUGUAAAUAAAGUAGAUUAGCCAAAAUGCUGAGUUGCUGAGGUCUGUCACGCAUGAUGUGCAAACUCUGCGGAUCCCUAAGUGUGCCGGUGUCGGCUGGCAUCAGUCGUUGUGAUGUUCAGGCUGAAGAAAGCUUUUGAAGCUCCUGAACAAAAGACCAGGAGGGAGAAAACAUGCCAGUCAGGCAUGUGCCUCUGCCAGGGUCCUACCAGGGUUCGAGUGUAGGCUGAGCUCCUGACACUGGCCACAUGACCCGGAAAGCUGUUUGUAGACAAACACCAGCUCCCUUGGCCUGAAGUGAGAUCAUAGAAUCAUAGAAUCAUAGAGUUGGAAGAGACCACAAGGGCCAUCGAGUCCAACCCCCUGCCAAGCAGGAAACACCUUCAGAGCACUCCUGACAUAUGGUUGUCAAGCCUCUGCUUAAGACCUCCAAAGAAGGAGACUCCACCACACUCCUUGGCAGCAAAUUCCACUGUCGAACAGCUCUUACUGUCAGGAAGUUCUUCCUAAUGUUUAGGUGGAAUCUUCUUUCUUGUAGUUUGGAUCCAUUGCUCCGUGUCCGCUUCUCUGGAGCAGCAGAAAACAACCUUUCUCCCUCCUCUAUGUGACAUCCUUUUAUAUAUUUGAACAUGGCUAUCAUAAAUAGAUGAGCGCCGCAACCCCAUAAUCGCCUUUGACUGGACUUAACCAUCCAGGGGUCCUUUACCUUUUACCUUAUUAGUUGUUACCACAUUGUUGCCAUCUCCAGGGGCACCCCUUGUGCUACAGCACAAUGAAAACCAGACCAACACACACAAACACACCGGAACAUUUGUAGCAUGGAAAUUUGUAGAAUGGUGUUACAGGACAUGCACCAAUGGGAAGCAAAUAAGUACAUCUGCCCUGAAACAUUUGCAGGUGCAUACAGUAUUGAAACUGGGAUUGUGUAUAACCGUUCUGAUACCGCCAUAAGCACGAAUCGUAUUAAUGCAUCCUAAAGAGGAUGUCUGGAAGAGAUCUAUGAGAGACAGGCUGCAGCUCAGUGGUAGAGAACCUGCUUUGAAUGCAGAAGGUUCCAGGUUCAAUCCCUGGCAUCAUCAUCACUCAUCAUCAUUUUUAAUUUGUGUACCGUAUUUUUAUCUUACAAUACCCAAGGCAGUUUACAAGCUUAAGAAACAAAGAAUGUGCACCUUAUAACAAUCUAAUGCAAUACAAAAAUGUGGUGAUAAAACAUAGCUUAAUAAUAAUAAUAAUAAUAAUAAUAAUAAUAAAUUUUAUUUAUACCCCACCCUCCCCGGCCAGAGCAGGGCUCAGGGUGGCUAACAACAGUAAAAUUACAGUAAAAACAUAAUAGGAAAGAAAACCAAUUUAAAAAACAGGUUAAAAUGCAAUUUAAAAUGCAGCCUCAUCAAAAUACGCAACCUACAUCAAAUCAAGUAACAUUCAACAUUCAUUAGAAUAAUAGAGAAUAAUAUUAAAUCUCAGCAUAUGAAAAUUAAACAGAAAUCCGCUCUUAACAAUUACAAUAAAUAAUUUCGAAACUACAAUCAAUAAAACAACGGCAAGCCACAGUGCAUGAAAUAAUACAAUACAUAAUUGAGAAGCAGAGACUGGAGGGUGGGGCAAGACAGGUGAAAGAGGGCCUUGCCUGACGAAGUCUCUCCUCUCAUCUCCAGGUAGGACUGGGAAAGACCCUUACCUGAAACCCGGGAAGCUCACCUGUAAGUAAGACACGUAGCCGCCUUUGUUGGUGCAAUGUGAACAAUGGGCUAAAUUAGACAGUGCUUCGUCUCAUCCCACACACAUCUGGAUGUUCUGAAAUAAGGGUGUCAGGUGCACUGGGUUGCCAUAGCAACACCAGCGAGGUCAAGUGUAUGCCUUGCUGUGCCACUGACCCUCUCAUUGUUUCAGGAAAUAUGCCUACAUGUAGAGACAGGUAAAGUAGUCUUCAUGGCAUUGCUUUCAUUAUGUCUCAUCCUGACAUCCUGAUAUCUGUGAGAGCCAGGGGAAAGGGCUGUGAGUUUUACACUGCAGCAUUACGUUAGCAUGGCAAUAGCAUUAGUGGAUCUUUCUGUGCAUAUGUAUCUUUGCUUCAAAGACCAAAAGAACUGCAUAUAGUAGAUGUCAGUGUUUAGCUUUGUCUUGCAUCUGGAGACAAUAAACACUUUGUUACCGUGAACUGCAUGGGAGAGCACUUUCCCCCUUAACCAGGGACUCUGGAAAAAGCUGUUCUGCUGGGAGCAGAAAAUCACUGAAGACUCUGCUGGGGCUCCACAUACUCUGCUGAUAACGUAAAGGGUAAAGGACCCCUGGACAGUUAAAUCCAGUCAAAGGCGACUAUGGGGUGCGAUGCUCAUCUUGCUUUCAGGGCCAGGGAAAUUGCGUUUGUCCACAGACAGCUUUCCAGAGGGGUCAUGUGGCCAGCAUGACUAAACCGCUUCUGGCACAACGGGACGCUGUGACAGAAGCCAGAGGUCAUGAAAACACUGUUUACCUUCCUGCUACAGCGGUACCUAUUUUACUCUGCUGAUACAUCACACCGGUUGAGGUGUGGUGAACUGCCAAGUGACUUCCACAAGUCACCAACAACCCUGUUCCACAGUGUUCCGCAUUUGUAAAGAUUUGUGCUCGUUUCAAUUAAUGCCAAGACUGGUUGGCAGACUUAAACUGCCAUUAAUGAAUGGGUAAUACCAACAGAACACCGUAAGGUUAUUUGCUGCAGCUUUGCCAUGUGGCCAAAGCAGAAUUUGAAACCAGCCUUGCACAUAAAUUACAUUUCUGCACAGCAGAACAGCCCCAUUGAGCUCAGCGGGGCUACUCAUAUUUGUAAAGUUAAGCAAGUGUGGAAGUAUAGAAAGGGAUACAGGAAUUGGCAACAAUGGAAAGUACUUGAGAUAGCAAGUGAGUUUUUUCAGCCUUUUAUUCUUCCAGCUGAGCGAUAUGGUCUAGAGAACCAAAAGCAAAGAUAGGCCGGAAUAUUAAACACUAUUCAAUCGGGUUUCAAGAUAAUUAAGAGAUUAUGAAGUUAGAGCAGCUACUGAGCUUUCCUUAAAGCUGUUUUAGUUUAAUCCUCUGGAAAAAAAAAAUGAAUUGCAAAGCUAGCUCAGUGUGAAAUACAGACAGGGCAACCCACAGCGUUUGGUAUUGAUUUCAAUGCCUUAUUUAUUCAAAACAAGUUGGAAAAGUUGAAUGAUGCCAUUACAGCAUUUCCCCCCUCCAGAUUCCCACUUCCCUUAAUAAAAAAUUUAAAAAGCUCAAACCAAAACCAUGCGCUGGUGCUGUCCAAUUUUUCCUCCCCCCCCCCGCUCCCCCCCCUUUUUCCUUUUUCCUUUUCCUUUUGCAGACUUUUGUAAUAAUGAUUGCUGAGGACAAAGAAUUCAAACCCAGUCCGUACAGUUCAAACAUGUGUCAUCAACCAGCCCACGAGGUGUUUCUGCAUUUGGUGAGUUCAUAUGGAGUUCAUAUCCUCCUGUCGCUCACCACCAAAUCCAGAAAGAUCUCGUGGGCUGGGGAUGUGGCAAAUGUCUGGGCCGCACAUCAGCUUUUCUAUUCCUUGCUCCUCAUUUUUCACUCCGGCAAUCAGAGGCUGACACGCUUCCAAAAGGAGAAGAAAUGUCAUUCUGAAAGGGAAAAGUGCUUCAGGUUUCUGCAAAAAGCAUUAUGCCUAACAGGGAUUUCCUGCUGUAAGCAGCCUCACUCCCAACACCCUAAACACAUUGAACUGGAAGGGUGAAUGUGUUUAGAAUCCUCCACCUGAAAGGGAAUCUUCCACCACCAGGAUUCUCCUGUUCACGGUGCCUCAGAACGUAAGGUAAAGGUAAAGGGACCCCUGACCAUUAGGUCCAGUCGUGACUGGCUAUGGGGUUGCGGCGCUCAUCUCGCUGAGGGAGGCGAGCAUACAGCUUCCGGGUCAUGUGGCCAGCAUGACUAAGCCACUUCUGGUGAACCAGAGCAGCACACGGAAACACCGUUUACCUUCCUGCCGGAGCAGUACCUAUUUAUCUACUUGCACUUUGACGUGCUUUCAAACUGCUAGGUUGGCAGGAGCAGGGACCAAGCAAUGGGAGCUCACCCCAUCACAGGGACUCGAACCGCCGACCCUCUGAUCGGCAAGUCCUAGGCUCUGUGGUUUAACCCACAGCGCCACCUGCGUCCCUUCACCUCGAAACAUAACCCCCACUUAAAUGGGGAGUUGCCUGUAUAUUAUCUAAGCACUGGCCCAAAGACUAGGCAAUGCGUUGCUUUAAAUCUGAGGCGCUCCACCCUUCAGCAGCAGCUAGACUCCAUUUGGCAAUAAAGAUGCAAAACCCCAUUUAUGCAAGUGGUCAGGCAUAUUUCUGUCCCUUACCAUUUGGAUCCCCCCACCUAUUUCCUGAGGAAUACAACUGUGGGCAUGCUUUUUACCACACAUUCAAUAUUGACACAGCUGAUAGAAAUGAAAUAAAAUUGGUUGGUGGGGGAGAUGUGGUUCCCAGGCCACCAUUGUGGAAAUAGAAAUUCAUCACACUCAUGUGCUAAGAAGCCUCAGAAGGUAAGCUGCUACUUCUGGUUUCUACUAAUGCUCUCGUAGCUGCACAUCUACCGCAGUGACACUUUCUGUCAAAUAAUUGGAAUGGAUUUUUAUCAUGGCCAGCUUUUCAUUACCAGUUCCAGGAUGCUAAUUGCAAUAACAUUUUGUUCAGGCAUCUAAUAUUUCUUCAUUGCAGGGUGGGUGGGACUAAUGUGAAUCUUGUCUUCUCUAUUGAAUGCCAUGGACUCAGUUGUGGUUAAUAUAUCUUUCAUUCUCAAGUGAAUCUAGGUGCUCAGUUACCAGAUACAAGUAACUGUUGGAGGGUAGGGUGGGAGGAUGAGGAGAUUUGAGACCGCCAGUUCAGAAGCAACCACCAACCUCUAAUAAUAUCCGGUUAUGCCUGAAAGAUAGAUCACACACCUCUACGUUCCUUCAUGAACCUGAGCCAAAUGCAUGCGUUGGCAUCAGAUGCUACGAAAGUUCUCUUUCUCAUUCACACAUGCAAAUCAUCACUUGACGCUGCCGUCAAAGAGCGAUGAAAAUCAAUGUGCAAACCAGUCAAAGUCACUGUUUCCUGGAUGCCUUGAAUGGCUCUCAAAAUGUCACCACAACCCUGUUUUGCAGAUAUAUAUAUAUAUAUAUAUAUAUAUAUAUAUAUAUACUGUAACAUCGCACACGCAUACAAAUCCAUUUGGGCCAGUUACUUGCUUUAAUUUUAUGAUCUUGUGUCUGUCGAUAUUUAAAGUGCUCGUGACUAACAGUUUGUUGUUCCCCCAGAAUUUCUGUUUAUAUCAUUGAUAAAAAGCAUCCAGAUGUCACCCGAAAUACCAGCCCUGUUCUGCAGUCUGAACUGUACGUCUCUCUUUCAUAUGCUGCUAAGCCAGACAUCGAUUCAACCACUCAGCAACAGAUGGCCCAGAUCUACUCUUUUCCAUGUUAAUGUGAUUCCUCUAGCUGAUAGCGGAGCUGGUCUUUCUCUGCAUUUUAUUCAAGCUGCAGGCGCUUUUAAUUUCAGAAGUGUCGCUUAAAAUACAAAGGGCUAGAUAAAUCAGUGAUUGGGUCUAUUUAAAAGAGAGCUGGGUAAUGCAUGGUUGGGUUCCCCAUCCCACCCCACUGCCCCAUAAUUUCAUCCAUAUACAGUAGUACCUCGAGUUAAGUACUUAAUUCGUUCCGGAGGUCCGUACUUAACCUGAAACUGUUCUUAACCUGAAGCACCACUUUAGCUAAUGGGGCCUCCUGCUACUGCCGCACUGCCAGAGCACAAUUUCUGUUCUCAUUCUGAAGCAAAGUUCUUAAGCUGAAGCACUAUUUCUGGGUUAGCGGAGGCUGUAACCUGAAGCGUAUGUAACCCGAGGUACCACUGUACCCAGAAGGAUGAAACAGUUUCAGGUCUUCAACACCUGAGAAAUUUAGUUUCAGGACCCACCUUAUUUCUGUGACUAAACAAUUUCAAAUUGUUUUCUAAUGUUGCAUUCCAAAUUGUCACAACCCUCUAGGGACUUAGGGUGAAGGGAGGAUAAUAAUGGUGAUCAUCAUCAUCAAACAAACAAACAAAAUUCAUGAAUGGAAAGCAUUCUUAAUGCUAUGUUCAAAAAACCAAAUGCAAAAUCAUGGCAACCAAAACAGCCACUAUUCUCUCACAAUGAAAAAUGGGAAGUUGGCAUCCAGGAGGGUGGUGUCCCAGCUUUUGGCUUCAAAGCUUUGGAGGGUAUGUAAUAGUUCUGUAAAUUGUAGGUCUGUGGGGGUCGAUGAAAUGUAGGUAGGUUCCCACGAGGCAAGACACAGUGAUAACAGCAAGAACCUUUAUUGAACUAACAGAACUGGACAACAGGGACAAAGCAACUGCUUAUAUACAUUUCUGAAGGCCUGGGCCACUCCCACUCCCAACGUGAUUGGCUGUCUAAACUUCCAAGCUGCAAAUCAUGACUCAGAGUUUAAGGGCCAGUGGCAGGGGCCCAAAUCCUGAAAUGUUCUGUGAUUGGAUCUCAUGUAUCGAAUCAGAACACAGGAGCUCAGAAUCCUUAGUCCAGACUCAAACUCAGGUUUAAAAAGAACUAUAGUUCCCAUGAUACUUUGGAGGAAGCCAAGACUGCUAAAGUGGUUUAAGAGUGCUUUAAAUGUAUGGGUGCUAACUGGGUCAGUAGAAUACACUGAGAAACAGUGUAGACCUUUGUCCCCUGCAGACCUUUGUCCCCAAUCCAUAAAAGGUCAGGAGAAGAGGGAGCAGGAUGGCACCCACAAGGAUAUUGGAAGCAUGAGUGGCACACAUGUGUCCUCACACAUAUUUUUUUUUGGGGGGGGGGGCUGAAGAGAGCUACAGAUGCUCCAUUUCAGAUAUUCUCUGUAAAUUAGCUAUUUGAGUUUCUAUACCAAAAAGCAUCUACUAAUUAUUCAGCAGGAACAAAACCUGGGAACAAAAACUGGGAAGUGAGGAAUGCACGGCCAUAGUGUCUAAAACUGACCUAUGACCAGGAACUUCUACAAUCCAGCAUUUGCCACUGCUGUGAACUCACUCAGUGGCCUCAUGCAAAGUGAUGCUUCUCCACUUAAGCAAACCUCCUCCCCUACCUCCUCUAAAAUCUGCUACACAAGGAUAAUUACACUUGCAAUGUGGUGGAAAGGAUGUCUGCAGCUAAUGUUUCUGAAGUGCUUUGAAGGCUCUCAAGAGCUAUAAAAAUGCCAAGUCCUGUUGUUCCUGACAUUUGGGAUCAACUUGGACGCUGCUUUUAAAAAGUUACUGUGUGCCAUGUCUCUGCGUAAGGAAAUUUGCUUUUAUGAUAAUAAUUGUUGUUGUUGUUGUUGUGUCUGCUGUCCUUGUUAAUGUGUGGUAGUCAACCAACGUGUCCCAUCAGCGCCAGGAUUUUCACAUGUUCAAAUCCCUUCAUUGCUUUCCUCUCCUCCCCCCACCCCUAUAUAUGUCUGUACAGUGGUACCUCGGGUUACACACGCUUCGGGUUACAUACGCUUCAGAUUACCGACUCCUCUAACCCAGAAAUAGUGCUUCAGGUUAAGAACUUUGCUUCAGGAUGAGAACAGAAAUCGUGGUCCGGCGGUGUGGCAGCAGCAGGAGGCCCCAUUAUCUAAAGUGGUGCUUCAGGUUAAGAACAGUUUCAGGUUAAGUACGGACCUCCGUAACGAAUUAAGUACUUAACCCGAGGUACCACUGUAUACAUACAGGUGGGUGGUACGUCUGCAAACCUUGAGGAUUUCCCCUGAGCGUGCCAAUAACUUCCCUCUUGUUUUUCAUUGUUGUUUAUUAGUUUAGUCAUCUCCGACUCUUCGUGACCCCAUGGACCAGAGCACGCCAGGCACUCCUGUCUUCCACUGCCUCCCGCAGUUUGGUCAAACUCAUGCUGGUAGCUUCGACAACACUGUCCAACCAUCUCAUCCUCUGUCGUCCCCUUCUCCUUGUGCCCUCCAUCUUUCCCAACAUCAGGGUCUUUUCAGGGAGUCUUCUCUUCUCAUGAGGUGGCCAAAGUAUUGGAG